AUGAUGAAGGAACGCGUUACAGAAGACAAAGGAAAAAGGACAAAGAAAAAGUUAAACAAGUACACAUAUGAUAAGAAUAAACUAGAGUACAUAAGUUUCCUAUGUGAAGAGGAUGACAUCAAUUUCUUUUGUACGUUUAGUGAAGAGUGUAAAUCUCGCACAGAUCACAAUAGUUUAAAUAAAAAUUUAUAUAAAUGUAGAGAUAAUAUAAAAUAUGGAAAUAUCAAUGAACACAAUUUAAAGUAUAGCAUUUAUGAAGAUACAUACUUAACAGUACUAGUUCACAAUGAAAAUAUUGCUUCGGACGAACGGUCUUGUUCUUCCAUAGCAUAUAUAUAUGAACAAUUUUAUUUAAAUUACUGUGAUAUAUUUUACACAGAUUAUAAAAGAAAUACACAAAAUUUUGUAAAAAAUUAUGAAGAAGAUAUCAACUUCUUUCAUUUAAUAAGUAAGAAAAAAAAAAAAAAGAAAAAAAAAAAAGGAGGAAUAGGAACAACAGGAGAAGGGGCGGAGUUGUAUAAUAUCACAGGAACAAAUAAUACUCGCUUCCUAUCAUGUUAUAAGACACCACUUGAUCCAUAUGUAAGAACAGGAAAGGAUAUAAACGUUUUGCAUGAACCCUGUGAUAUUAUAAUAUCACCAUAUAUUGCUUACAGUAAAUUGCAAAGCUGUAUACUUGAAUAUUAUAUACCCACCAUAAAAUGUGGUAUUACCCCUUGUUAUUUGAGUAAACAUUUAAAAAAUGAAAAAAAAAAAGAAAACAACCUUUACGAUUGCAAUAUUUGUAAUGUUAUUAUAAAUAGAAAAGAUGUUACUAGGGGAAGCAAGUACAGUACUACACACACGUCAGAUGGCUAUAAAAAAAAAAAAAUUAAAAAAAAAAAUAAAAUAAAUAACAGAAUUAUUAUAACUCCACAAGUAAAACGCGAAAAGAAGGAUACAACAGGAAGACAGUCAAAAGAGAAUAUAAAACAAAGGAGGAAUAAAAAAAAGAGAAAAAAUGAACAAUUUUUUACUUCCCAUGAUCCUCUAUUUCGUCUUUAUAAUUACACCUCGAGCGAUGAAAGUACCAUGUGUUUUUCCAAAUUUUUACCUGAACAGCAAGGUACCAAAAAAAAAAAUAAACUGGGAAUAUUAACAUCAAGGGCGAAUGUUACAAAAGGGGAAGAAGAGAAUAACGGCAUGGUUAUUUUCAACGACAUCAUAGAACUCUGCAAGCAAAAUAAAAUAUUCACCCUAAAGGACAAACAAAAGGGGCUUUUACAUGUGUGUAAAAAUGAGUUCAAAUGUGUAAGGGAAAAAAAGACUUUACAAAAAAGUGUGCGGGAAGAAUAUUCUACGGAACAGCUGAAACACCAUAACACAGUGAGCACAGCACGUGAAAUGCCACCCGAGAAGUUUAAUAAAUCCUCAAUCGCUAGAAACUUGUCGUCUUGUUCCUACAUUAAUAGCGGCUGUUAUGAACACCCCAGUGGAUCCCACUUAACAAAGUAUGCUCAAAAAAUAGGGAAUAAUGAUAACGUACAACGGAUGUAUAAGAAAAGAAGCUUCAGCACAUGCUCUUCUUCAUGUGCACCCAAAGUGGAUAAAGUGGAAGCGAUAUCUCAAAUGAAUAAGAUGUGCAAAAUAAGUUUAUUUCGAAACGAGAACGUGAGCGGAAUGAGAGAAGGAAUAAUAAAUAAGGAUAAAAGGGAAGAAAAAGCUGAAGUAAAAAUUGAGGAAAAAACUGAAGAAAAAAUUGAAAAAACAAGUGAAAUAAAUAUUGGCAAUAUUCAAAUUAUAAACAACGCGAAUGUCAAAAGGAGGAGGGAAAACGACUUAUUGAAAAAGCAAAUUCUUAUAGGGUUAAACCAAAAGUACUAUAAUCCAUUGCACCUAGAAAAAAUAGUGAGCAGCAGAAAUUGUGCUCUAGGUAAAGGCAAAAUAAUAUCAAAAGAGAAGAAAAAAAAUUUAGAUAUAAAAAGAAAUAAAAAAAAAAAUGAGAUAAUACUAAACGACAUUAACAGUACAGUCUCUUUAAAAAAUUCCACGUUUCUAAAACAUAAAUUUUGUUCUUUAUAUAUGCAUGGAAAAUAUACUUUGAUCUGCCAAUUGUACAGAUACGACUACAUAUAUAUAGACUUUCACAUUACAUAUAUAUAUAUAAAAUCGUUAAUAAAAUUAAAGAAAUAUAAAUCUUGUUUGAAAUACAUUUAUGAUAUUAAUGAAAAGAAUCUAAACAUAUUUAACAGAAGAAUCUUGCACUUCUUCUGUGGAAUUUGCUAUGAAAAGUUACACCACUUUAAAUUAAGCUCUAUGGAAUAUUCAAAAGUAGUAGUUAACCAAAUGGAUGAUAAUAAAACUAAAGCGUCUACUAAUCUUAUUCCUAUGUGUGAGCUACAUAAGGAAUAUAAAACUAAUGUGGAUGAAAUAAAGCCAUUCGUUCUUAGCUGUUUGGAUAAAUUAAUAGGAUGUUAUCAGGUGAAAACACAUGAAGAGUAUAACUUAGUUAAUUAUGUUCAACAAAACUACUACUUUGGGAAACUUAUAAACUAUUACUUAUGUAAACUAAGUGAUAAGAAAAAUAAAGGGACAUAUAAUAUUAUGGAAUAUCAGAACACGCAAAAUGAGAUAUCCUUUAGGAAGGUCCCUUUGUUUUUCGGUGAUAACAAAAAUUGCUCGAGGAAAUCCUCUUUCUUUUAUGGUGACAACAAAAAUUACAUGAACAUGGUCAGGAAAAUUCAACCAUAUAAUAGUAGCACAAAAAUGAUUGACGGAUUUUAUAAAGUAAGUUUUUCAGACAGAGCCAGCGAGCAUAAUUAUAGGAACGGACAUUUUAACAACAAUAUUACGAACGAAAAUAAUAAGAAAAAUAUUACUCCUAUUUUUUACAAUAAAAUUAUAAAUGAGGAGGGAGUGCUAAAUAGGAGAACCUUGGAAAAUUUAAGUACAAUUCACCACUAUAGGGACAAGAAUAAAAUGGGGGAAAAAAUAUUGAAUGUUCAGAAAAUAAACAGAAAUUAUGAUCGUUCAUGCGAAAAUCGAAAAAGUAAUGAAAUAUUUGGAAACCAAAAAAAAGACACACAAAAAUGUCAAUAUAAAAAAUGCAGCAAUUUAAUACAAAAAAAAAAUAUGUACAUUAACAUGAGUAAUAUCUUGCAUGUUACUAACAGCGACGGUGAGGCCUCUAAUAGUGAAGAAUAUUUCCCACUUCACAGUUUUAACUUUGCACAUGCUGGUUAUAACUUUGCACAUGCUGGUUAUAACUUUGCACAUGCUGGUUAUAACUUUGCACAUGCUGGUUAUAACUUUGCACAUGCUGGUUAUAACUUUGCACAUGCUGGUUAUAACUUUGCACAUGCUGGUUAUAACUUUGCACAUGCUGGUUAUAACUUUGCACAUGCUGGUUAUAAUUUUGCACAUGCUGGUUAUAAUUUUGCACAUGAUAACUGCAGUAUGUUUUUGAACGAAAUAGCCAACAGUGAUGGUAAAAAUUUGAAAAAAAAAUUCUUGUCCCUUUUCGACAAAAUUACAGAAAGCGAUUUGAUGCAUUUUACUGUGUUGUCCUCUCAUUAUGAUGACCUUUAUUUUUAUGCUCUUUAUAUAUUUUUUCAUAUAUGUUGUAACAAAACAUUUAAAAAAAUUGCAAACUUUGUAAGAUGGAAUUUUUCCAAUGAGAAUAUUUUAAAUAUGAUAAGGAAGUUGGCAUAUCAUCUAAAAUUAGUGGACAUACAUUUUAAUAAUACUGAUAAAGUAAGAAGCCGUUAUUGCAUUAGGAUAACGACUGACAGAGGAAAAAGAGAAGCUGAUGAAUUACCUAGAUGUUCAGGAAAAAUAUACAUUGAUAAAAUAACAUUAAUAGAUCUUAUAUGCAUUAAUUUAUAUACUAUAAAAAAUUGCGAUUUUGUAAACAGCUAUUACAUUAGUAAAUAUAUAAUGAAAAGAGAAAUGGCAUAUACCAAUAAAGAAGCUAUUCUUUUGUUUAUAACAUCUCUUACAAAUUUACAAGAUUUUUUGAAAAAUAAAAAAAAUAAAAUAAAAGAGUUGGUUCUUUUAUUCCACGAAAGAGUUAAUGAACAUGUACGUAAAUAUAAAAGAUAUUACUUCAAGCCAGAUAUGUACAUAUAUAAAAAAGAUUAUUUGGAUUACUAUAUAUUGGGAAUAAUUUCCUUUUUAAAUAAUGAUAUGAGAAAAUCUUGUUCUUUUUUUAAAAAAUGUAUACAGUUAAAAAAUAACUUUUACUUAAGUUACGUUUACUUACUACAAAUAAGUUUAACAGAUGAUACAUUACUAUUAAUAUCAUUACGAGAGAGAAAAUUAAUUUUUUUUGAAUGUCUAAAAUUAAAAGAAUAUAAUUUGUUACCCUAUCUGAUUUACUGUUCUAGUGUUAUAAAAAAAAUGCAACAAGAUUUACAUAAUGAAAAAUUGAAAAAAAAAAAAAAAUUUAUUUAUCAUUCAACUGACUAUUUAAAGGAUAUGUUCACCAGAGCAAUAUAUUUGGAUGGUGAACAUAUUUUCAUAUAUAACGAACUAUUCGUCUAUAACUUUUUAAGAAGAGGUUUUCUUCAGUGUCAAACGAUUAUAAAUAAAGUUUUUCUAUCCUACAAUUUUUUUUCCCACACCUCGACCAUUGUAACUACUCCUUUGUCUUUUAUUCUGUACAAUGCAGGAGUUUAUUAUUAUUUAUGCGAAAAAAAUUUGAGUAAGUCAGAAAAAUUAGUAAUACGAAUUUUACAAGCUAACCCAUUUGAUAUAAAAUCUUUAAAUCUAUUAACCCAUAUUUUGUUCACCAAAAAAAACAAACAAUGGUUAUACUUUUUUGAUUAUUGUAUGUAUUUAGAAAAUGUACUUCAUUCAAAAAAUAUUAUUCCUUACAAAACAUAUGUAUGUAAAAAUUUUUUUACAAAAAUUAAAGGCUUAAGAGAUAUGAAUAUUUUCAUAAGGUACUAUAAAAUACUAAAAAAUGUUGAAAAGUUUUAUGGAAUUUUGGAAAAUUAUAUUAAAACAAGUAACUCUUCGCUUUAUCCAGAUUUUAGCGAAGGUUAUGCAUGA